CUCUCUCCGUAUCAACUCAAUGUCGCUCUCUCAUUUUCACUCGCUCGUAAUAAAGUUUUUCCGUGUGUGUGACUCUGUGUGUGGAGCUGAAGAUGGCGGCCAGCUCGGAGCGCAGUCCUCCUCCUUUCCCGGACUCAGAGGAGCCCGAGCUGCUGGAGGACAGUGACGAGGGCGCGGAUGCGUUCACGGGCACGUCAAUCUCUGAGAUGGAUUCUCUGUCGCCGGACACUACCGGACCUCCUAAAGACAUCUUCAACGAGCCUCCAGAAGAUAUCUUCAGCGAUCCUCUUAGCGAAAUUAACUCUGAACCCCAGAAGAACGUCAAGAUACCUUCUCCUGGUAGCGAUGAGGCCGUCGACCUGUUCAGCGACCCGCUGGACGAUGAAGCCGAUGUAAUUAGUUCACCUGAGGUCCAAAAUCCCGUGCCAGAUCUCUUGAAAGAGCCUGUUGAAGCGCCAAAGUCUGAUGUCAUCAGUGAACCGCCUAGUGACCUCAGCAGCAAGCCUGUGCACAAAAACGCCAUCGACCCUCCGAAGGGCGCCAAGACUGCAGUGAGCGCGGAGCUGUUCGAUGACGACGAUGAGGAGGAUCUGUUUAACGAGCCGUUAAAAGGCGUGACGAAGAAGCCUCAGCCCUCAGCGGUGAGUGGACCACCUGUCAAUGUCUUCACAGAGGUGAAAUCAGAAGUGAAGGUCAAGCCACAGGUUAAAGACGACCCCACGGAUCUGUUCGCAGAGGAAGCCGUGACGGCACCUGCCACCAAACCUUCCGCGAGCAGCAGCUCCAGGACCAAUGGGGUUCACUCUGAGGAGCAGGAUAUCUUCUCAGAGGCUACAGUGGAGCUGUCUCUGGACAGCCCUCGUAAUGACCGCAAGAAGAAGGAUGCCGUGAAGCCGUCAGUAUCGGCUCCUGCCGCCUCUGUAGCCAGCAGCUCCAGCAAACCUCCGUCCAAAACCCUGGAGGAGCUGGAGGAAGAGGAAAGUGAGGACAAGUUUGAUCUAAACAUUUCCGUGACAAAUCCAGAGAAAGUCGGUGAUGGUAUGAAUGCUUAUAUGGCCUACAAAGUUUCAACACAGACGUCGUUAACCAUGUUCCGUAGCAAGACGUUUACUGUACGCAGACGUUUCAGUGAUUUCCUGGGACUGUACGAAAAGCUCUCGGAGAAACACUCACAGAAUGGAUACAUCAUUCCUCCACCACCGGAGAAGAGCAUUCUGGGUAUGACAAAAGUCAAAGUGGGGAAGGAGGAUCCAUCAUCAGCAGAGUUUGUGGAGCGGAGGAGAGCUGCUCUAGAGAGGUAUCUUCAGAGGGUUGUGAGUCACCCGUCUCUCCUGCAGGACCCUGAUGUCAGGGAGUUUUUAGAGAAAGAAGAGUUACCCAGAGCAGUCGGCACACAGGCUCUGAGUGGAGCCGGCUUCCUCAAAAUGCUCAACAAAGCCACAGACGCUGUGAGCAAGAUGACCAUAAAGAUGAACGAACAGGACGUGUGGUUUGACGAGAAGAUCCAGGAUGUAGAAAAUGAAGAACAGCAGUUGCGGAAACUUCACGUCAUGGUGGAAUCGCUUGUCAAUCACAGGAAAGAGUUGUCUGGGAACACAGCCGUGUUUGCGAAGAGCGUGGCGAUGUUGGGCAGCUCGGAGGAUAACACGGCUCUGUCGCGAGCUCUGUCUCAGCUGGCCGAGGUGGAAGAUCGAAUCGAGCAGCUCCAUCAGGACCAGGCCGCCAACGACUUCUUCACCUUCUCAGAGCUGCUGGCCGAUUAUAUACGACUGCUGGGAGCCGUCAGGGGGUGUUUUGAUCAGAGAAUGAAAGCGUGGCAGCGCUGGCAGGACGCUGAGAACAUGCUGCAGAAAAAAAGAGAGGCCGAGGCCAAACUCCUGUGGGCCAACAAACCCGACAAACUGCAGCAGGCCAAGGAUGAGAUCACUGAGUGGGAGGCAAAGGUCACACAGUUCGAGAGAGACUUCGAGAGAAUCUCAGCCACCGUACAGAAAGACGUCAUCCGUUUCGAUAAAGAGAAAGCUCGAGAUUUUAAGAGACAAAUCAUCAAAUAUCUGGAGUCACUUCUGCACUCACAACAACAGCUGAUAAAAUACUGGGAGGCGUUUUUGCCGGAGGCGAAAGCGAUCGCGUGAGGCGCACAAACACACACUCACCCAUGACCGAGGCCUUUCUACACUCUUUACCUCUCGCCUAUAAACCAAGAGAAUCGCGCUGCAAAGGGAAAUCAUCUGUCCGGCCGCCCGUUACUCUGAUUGAUUUAGUAACUUGUAUAUUUUCUGUGUAAUCUUCAUCUUUAUUUUCUUAUUGUUUGGGGGAUGUGAACGCAUGUGGUGGUGGCUGGGUGUCUUCCUCGUCUGUAUGCAACCAAACCUCUUGUUUAUCCACUCAGUUUUGCGUCAGCAGCAGUGAUGUCGAUGGUUUACACUAGAGGGCGCUCUCUGCUCAUUCAUAGACACUUGUGACCGGUCAAAAAGAAGUUUGUACUUAUUAAAGAGUGAAUUCAGAGACAAAUGGUGACCUAGUUUAUUUUAGAAGUCCAGAAUAUUGGUAUAUACACUUUAAAGCAGCAUAAUGACAUUGUAUUUUGCAAGUAAAAGAGAUUGUGAUGCAGUUUAUUGAGGACUAUUGAAAUCAAAUAGGCCGGAUAUUGUAUUGUGACAGGAACUGUACAUGUCAACACUUACACUCUUGAUUUUUCUUUUGCUGGCUCUUUGUUUUCACUCAAAGGUUCAUUUUAAGUCUUCAGUAGAUUUAGGAUCUAUUUGUUCAAAUGACGUAAAGCAUUUAAAAAGGCGCUCCUGACGCGUUUUAUAUCAAUACCGGCCCAAAGCACUUCAGUCUUAAAACUGGUUUUCUUCUUCAUUUAGGACUCAUUCAUACUUUCAUUCUUUAUUUACUUCAUUUUAUAUUUUCAUUUGUAGACAUUUAUGCCAACAUGUUAUCAUUUCGUGUCAAACCAUAUUUGAGUUAUCCAUCGACUCUGGCAUGUUAUAAUAAUUACUAGACUUUUGCUACGCUACUAAUGAUUAAAUUGUUUCUACAUGAGAUUUUUUUUAGUUUUUGUUUUUUUAUACAGAUUUGCUGCUGUCGGAGUUUGUAAGGCUGUUAGAUUCAUCCUCAUUUAUGACAUUAGAAGGUUUUGUUGAUUGCUUCAUGAAUGAUAUUUUGGACCCUGCUGUAAUGACACUUUGAAAUGACGUGAACAGGUUUGACCACCAUUAGGUGCCAUAAAAAUCAAAUGUUUGUUUAUAAGAAAAAAAGGGGCAGGUAUUUUUUUCACUAUGGACACUUCUAUUGAGGAAAACAAUAAAGAUUUAAUUACAAAUAUAAA